CUGUCACGCGAUUUUGAUCAUACCACCGAUACCACUCAUCAAGUUUUACACGUCGUGCCCGCAAGUGAAGUUUCUACACACAUUUUCAGCUAUUUCUCAUACUUGUGACGACCUGAAUUCUGCGAACGUAUAAAAUGCUGACGACGAAGAUUUUGCUCCGGAGAGCCUAUCAAGGUGUCCGAUGUUUGUCAUUUAAAGCUCAGAAUGAGCCUAUCUACCAGUAUGCCAAGGGCUCUCCAGAACGUGAGAGAACUGAAGAGGCAUUGAACAGACUUGGAAGCACUGUGUUGGAGGUUCCAUGUGUCAUAGGUGGAGAACAAAUAUUCACCGAUGACGUUCGUUCUGAAGUUUCUCCUUAUGACCACCAGCAUAAAUUGGCGUCAGUGCAUUAUGGAAAUAAGGAGCUUAUCAAUAAGGCCAUAAAUUCAGCUCUCUCAGUCAGGAAAGAAUGGGAAGCCAGGCCUCUCGAAGACCGCGUCCAAAUCUUCCUCAAGGCAGCUGAUCUUAUCUCCAAUAAAUACAGAGCAGAUCUUGUCGCUGCUGUCAUGCUGGGUCAGGCAAAGACAGCGUUUCAAGCUGAGCUAGAUGUCGUCUGUGAGCUGGCGGAUUUCUACCGCUUCCACGGCCAGUUCGCUCUGGACCUUGUGAAUAUCCAGCCAGUCAGUACAGAGGAGAGUAGAAACUCCAUGUUGUAUCGUGGUAUGGAGGGAUUCGUCGCUGCCAUUUCGCCUUUUAAUUUCACAGCUAUUGGUGGGAAUCUGGCUGGUACCCCUGCAAUGAUGGGUAAUGUGGUAGUCUGGAAGCCAAGUCCUGCCUGUUGUUUCUCAAGCUACAAAGUCUUUGAGAUCCUUAAAGAAGCCGGUCUUCCCGAUGGUGUUAUUAACUUCAUCCCAGCACCAGGGACUGUCUUUGGAGAUGUAGUCACAAAGUCACCUGAUCUGUCAGCUGUUGCAUUCGUCGGAAGCACAAAGACAUUCCAGAGGUUAUGGAAACAAGUUGGGGAGAAUCUAGAUACAUUCAAGACUUUCCCAAGACUCAUUGGAGAAUGUGGAGGGAAGAACUACCAUCUGGUACAUCCAUCAGCUGACGUUGAUACCGUCGUUAACUGUACCGUCCGAUCAGCUUUUGAGUUCAGCGGUCAGAAGUGUUCUGCUUGCUCUAGGAUGUAUGUGCCUGAGAGCAUGUGGCCGAAGGUCAAGGAAGGAAUGGUGAACAUCCAUAAACAGAUUAAACUUGGCCCGCCCGAUGAUUAUUCAUCAUUCUUCUCCGCUGUUAUCGACGCUGCGUCUUUUGACAAGAUCAAGGGAUUCUUGGACCAUGCCAAGUCAUCACCAAGCAUCAAGACGAUAGCCGGUGGUAACUGUGAUAAAAGCAAGGGAUACUAUGUCGAGCCAACUAUCUUUGAGACAGAUGACCCGAACGAGAAGCUCAUGAAGGAAGAAAUCUUUGGUCCCGUUGUCACCGUUUACGUCUACCCUGAUAACAAGUUCUCAGAUACUGUUGAGAUGAUUAAUAACACGUCACCGUACGGACUCACUGGAGCAAUCUUUGCCAGAGACAGUGCGGUGGUGAAAGAGACAGCAGGAUUGUUGAAGGAUUCAGCUGGUAACUUCUACAUUAAUGACAAAUCAACUGGUUCAGUCGUUGGGCAACAACCAUUUGGUGGAGGUAGAAUGUCAGGAACCAACGAUAAGGCUGGUGGUGCUCUUUACAUCCAACGCUGGGUGUCCCCACAAUCCGUCAAAGAAACUCACGAGCCAGUAACGGACUGGAGAUAUCCAAGCAUGGAGGUGUAGUUAGUUUUAAUCCAAAGAAAAAACAUCACCAUGGUAACCACAGUUCAGUAUACCUAUAACUUUUAAAAACCGAUUCCCAUAGAUGAUUUUAUCUCCAUCAAUAUUCCAUAAGUUUCUAGUGUUCGAACCUCUGGAUCAUUUAAACAUCAAAGUGUCCUAGUUUCCGAACGACUUAUAUAAACCAUUAGUUAAUUAUACUAUGUGAGUGUUAUAAUGGUAGGUACCAAUAAUAUAUUAAAAUUGACAUUUUCUACUGAUCAAUAACUUUAACUAUACACUUUGGCGAAUCAAAAAUGCAAGAUUGGAAUACAAAUGGUUUUUAUUUAUGUUGACUAACUGAUCAAACAUUUUAAAUUUAUAUUAUGGUUUUAAGAAUACAUUUCACAGAAAAUUAAUGUAACUAUAAAGAUAUAUAAUCAAGUGCCUUGAUUGAAAAUGACUUUAUUUCUGAUAUGUAAUUGUAAUUUUUUAUUGGAUUGGGUCGGCAUGUAUCAUUUCAGCUGAUCAGCUGGUUUCCUUUAUAAUUGGUUUGCCAGCGGUGCCAUUGGGUUCGAAUCCCAGUCUUGAAACUUGUGUCCUUAAGCAAGACACUUGCCAUUACUGCUUCGGAUGGGAUGAGAACCCAUAGUUACCUUGCUUUGUGUGAUGCUGUUAAAGAACCCAGCUCCACUUAAAGUGGAGAGGGCUUUGCCCAAGUACUUAUUUUUUCCCUUUUUCUGCUUGGCUGCUGAGUGCUUUAUACGGUAAGUCAACCCCAGUGUUUAAAAGUUUCAAAAAUCUAUCUUCAAUUUUUUGGAGCUGCAACUAAAACAUAGACAGGUUACCAGCCAAAUUGCCAUGUACAUGUAAUGGUCAUUUGACUGGUUUCUGCUACUAUAAUUCAGAGCUGAAAAUGUUAUGUAUAAAUUUAUGAUGAAUAUUAUUUGUGUGAGAUGAGUCAGCUUUGGAAACAUCAAACAAAAGCUUUUUUAAAGUACACUACUGCAAAGUUUUUAAUGAACACAACAUGUUUUUCUCUUCAUGAAGCUCCUUUUUCUUUGGGAAAGACUUAAUUAGUCAUAAUAAUUCAAAUGCUCAUUAUAUGUAUUUUUUUUAGUCAUUGGUUUGUUUGAAAUUGUAACAUUGAAAUGGUAAUACUUAAACGUAAUAAUUUGAGACAAUCCCGUUGUUAGAUAUUGUGUAUAAGUAUAAUAUUAAUUUUAACCAUUCUUCCAAUAAAUUUACUUUUGAGUAGUCAUGAUGAAUAAAAGGGUGGAUAUUGAGUCCUUAUUAAAAAGUGAAAAUGCU